AUGCAACCCACAAUUGAUUUAUUGGAAUUGGUGUCGGGGCGAUCUUUAGAUCUUUGGAAUGAGAUAAAAACAUUCCCUAAAGAAAUGAUUUUCAAACGACUUCUUGAACCCAGAUCAUUCGAAGAUAAAGAGAUCAAUGAAUUGGUAAAGAAAUUACAAUUCUAUCUUUGCUUUCUUAUUAUUGAUAGAGCAAGUUAUCACAAUUUAUUCUGCAAUUUAGUACCUGAAUUAGAAAAGAAAAUAGAUGAAUUAAAAAAUAAGAAUAUCAAAAUCAAAACUGAGAAUACGAAGUUAAAGCAUGACAAAGAAGAAGUUGAAAUCGAGAAUAUAAAGUUAAAACAGGAUUUAGAUGAAUUUAAAAAGGAACUCAAGUCUAAGAAAAAUCAUAAAUUUCAGGAGAAAUGCAUUCUAAUAACUCAGAUACUUCUUAAUAAGAACCCAUAG